AAAAAUGCAUUUAAUGUUUUCUUCAGAUGAGCAGGGCAAGAGAGUUUAUUCUUUAAAGAAAGUUACCGAUAACGGCGUAAUCACGAAAUCUGCACAUCCAGCUAGGUUCUCUCCUGAUGACAAGUAUUCUCGUCAAAGAGUGACGAUAAAGAAGAGAUUUGGUAUUUUACCUACACAAUUACCUAGAAAUAGAGCUUUUUAAAUAAAAUUAUUCAUUUGUAAAUUAAAAUUACUUUUU